UGACGACAUUAUUUAUAAACAUAGCAGCAGUAUCACAUACCAAAACGCACCAACCCUUCCUCUAAAGUCGAAUAUUCUGCGGUCCCAUUUCUCAGGGGUUUUUUAACAACCAUCCAGCACAAAAAUAAUGCUACCCAAAUUCACAAGAGCUAUUUUUAGACACUGUCGUCAGAAGUCAGUUUUGUUCCUCAAUGUGCUCUAUAUAAGUCUUGGUUAUUGUGGGCGUUGAUGCAGUGGCGCCAUUCCUUUCUUCAUAGAAGCAACCGUCGCACUUCAGAGAAUCCACAAAGGAUACUAGGCAAAACAUAAGUUAUUUAAAAAUCAAACUACUUACUCCUUUUAAAGUGAAUUUAAGCUGCAUUAGUCUGCUUUCCAAGUGAGGAAAAAAGCAACAACAACAAAGUCGCCUGUUUAACGAAAUCAUUCUAAGUGAGUGCCGCAAGUUCAGAUUGUCUUGAGUGAAUAUUGUAUCGUCAGCUCUAGUGUAGUUUUUUGGAACCUCGCGUCACCAAUAUGAGCGGAUAUCCUUAUCCAGGUUCCGUCCCUCCCCCAGAGAAAUCCGGUGGCCCCCCUCCCUACCCGUACCCCCAGCCCCAGCCCUCCUACCCUGCACCCCCACAAUACCCCCCACAAUAUCCCCCACAGUACCCCCCACAGUACCCCUCACAAUACCCCCCACAGUACCCGGCGGCCCCACCACCCCCUCAGCCUAACGUGACAUAUGUAGUCAACCCCGCCCCCGCUCGUCAGUCCACCACGACCAUCGUGUACGAGCGGCCAAGACCUCCGCCUAUUGUCAGGCCCGCUGUUGGUCUAGGACUUGGCAUCGGCGCUGGGAUAGCUAUGGCUGACUGGGAGAUGCGUCAUCAUCGGCGUCAUCAUCACAAUAGGGGAGGAUUUCACCACCACCACCACCACAAGUGGUGAACGAAAAGACAAAGCCGAAGCAGAAACAUUCUCAAAAUAUGAUUAAACCUGUCCAUGGCAGUUAUCCACCACCACCACCACAACGAAAAGAAAGACAAAACUGAAACGGAAACAUUCACAAAAUUUAAUUAAACCUCUCCAAGACAGUUCUCCGUUGUUGAAAAGAGAAGUGGUUGUGUUAGACAGCUGGACUUAGUAUACAAUUACAUAUAUAACACUUUCAAAG